AGGAAGGCGAGACAUGGCUGCUUUACAACUCCAGAAUGUCGACUGGCGGGUAGGCGCCAACCGGUGGGAGCAUCACACAAACCAGUUCUCCAGCCGGGGGCUGAUCGUGCGGCGAGGCGCGGCCUUUGGCAUAGUCCUGAUGGCGAACAGAAGUCUCGUCUCUGGAGAAGCUCUGACGUUCAUGACCUCCAUAGGACCGUCCCCCUCAGAGUCUGCCAUGACGAAGGCAGUGUUUCAGCUCUCCAGUGGGAGCAGCGGUGGCUGGAGUGCAUUGCUCGUGGCCAAUGAUGAAAAUAGCCUAAGCGUCUCCAUCUCCAGUCCUGCCAACGCACCCAUCGGGCGCUACACGCUGAGCGUUCAGAUCUCCUCCCAGGGUGGCACCUCUGCUGUGACGCUGGGCGAGUUCAUACUGCUCUUUAACCCCUGGCUGGAUGUGGAUAGUGUCUUUAUGAGUAACCAGGCUGAGAGACAAGAGUACGUCCAGGAAGACUCCGGUGCCAUGUUUGUGGGAAGCACAAAUCGCAUUAACAUGAUUGGCUGGAACUUUGGCCAGUUUGAAGACGACAUUCUGGCCAUUUGCCUCUUAAUCUUGGAUAGGAGUCUGAAUUACCGCCGUGACCCUGCUACUGAUGUGUCCCGCAGAAAUGACCCCAAAUAUGUUGGCCGGGUGCUGAGUGCCAUGAUCAACAGCAAUGAUGACAAUGGUGUGCUUGCUGGAAAUUGGAGCGGCAAUUACUCGGGUGGCCGAGACCCAAGGAACUGGAACGGCAGCGUGGAGAUCCUCAAGGAGUGGAAAAGCUCUGGCUUCAAGCCAGUCCGAUAUGGCCAGUGCUGGGUCUUUGCUGGAACCCUCAACACAGCGCUGCGGUGUUUGGGGAUUCCUUCCCGGGUGAUCACCAACUUCAGCUCAGCUCAUGACACAGACCGAAACCUCAGCGUGGAUGUGUACUACGACCCCAUGGGAAACCCUCUGGACAAAGGCAGUGACAGCAUAUGGAAUUUCCAUGUCUGGAAUGAAGCCUGGUUUUUGCGGACUGACCUGGGUCCCUCGUAUGGUGGCUGGCAGGUGUUGGACGCCACCCCUCAGGAAAGGAGUCAAGGGGUGUUCCAGUGUGGCCCUGCUUCAGUCCACGGGGUCCGAGAGGGCGACGUGGACCUGCCAUUCGACAUGGCCUUCCUCUUCGCGGAAGUUAAUGCUGACCGCAUCAACUGGGUUGAAGACAGUAGCACCGGCGUGCAGAGAAAGACUUCUGUGGAUACUCAUUCCAUUGGCAAGUACAUCAGCACCAAGGCAGUGGGCAGCUACUCUCGCAUGGACGUCACGGAGAAGUACAAGUUCCGAGAAGGUUCUCCCCAGGAAAGACAAGCAUUCCACAAAGCUCUAGGGAAACUUAAACCCAGUGCAUCAUUUGGCCCAACAUCUUGGGGGGGUUUGGAAUCAGAGGAAGAGGUGCGCAGCAUCGCUGGGCAGUUCAAGGUCACUGGCAUACUGGCAGUGGGCAAAGAAGUCAGCCUAGUCCUGCUGCUGAAAAACACGACCAGCGAUGAGAAGACAGUGACAGUGAACAUGACAGCCUGGACCAUAGUCUACAAUGGCACACUUGUGCACGAAGUGUGGAAGGAUUCCGUCACGAAGUCCUUGGGCCCCGAGGAAGAAGCGCAGUACCCCGUGAAGAUCUCCUAUGCGCAGUAUGACAGGCACCUGAAGGCCGACAACAUGAUCCGGAUCACAGCCGUGUGCAAGGUUGACAAUGAGGCUGAGGUGGUGGUGGAGCGGGAUGUCAUCCUUGACAACCCCACCCUGACCCUGGAGGUGCUGGACCAGGCGCAUGUGCAGAAGCCAGUGAACAUACAGAUGCUCUUCUCCAACCCCCUGGACGAGCCAGUCAAGAACUGCGUGCUGAUGGUAGAAGGGAGCGGCCUGCUGCGGGGCAAUCUCAGGAUCGAUGUACCAACCCUGCGCCCCAAGGAACGGUCCCGGGUACGUUUUGAGAUCAUGCCCACCAGGAGUGGCACCAAGCAGCUGCUCGCUGACUUCUCCUGCAACAAGUUCCCUGCCAUCAAGGCCAUGCUGUCCAUUGAUGUGGCUGAGUGAAGGGCCCCAGUGGCCCCCUGUACAAACUUGGGUAACACGGAGCAGGGAAGGAUCGCCUAUGGAGUGAGACCCCUGCCCAUGCUGUCCAGCCUGGAAAACCCACUCUGUCCCCCAAGACUGCUGGAUGUGGACCUCCAGUCUCCAGCACACACUCCCUUCCCCCUCCCCCAGGUUGGCACUGGGACCACCCUGGCCCAUGACUUGAUCACUUUUGCACAUUCCCUGGCUGCUUCUGGGCGCCCUGCUCAUUCCUCACACCCUUCAACGCUGCAGGACGGACCCACCCUGGACCCAGGGACUCUCCAGAUGGAUACAGGCCAGAAGCUGGCCUAGACCAUUUCCUCAUUUGCAGCCUGCAUUUGGGGCAUUCCAGGGGGUGCCCAGUCACCUGCCACAGCAUCCACAC